AUGAUAUUAAAUUAAACCAGAUUAUAUGGAAUUUUGGUUGAUAUUUCAGGAUCAAUGAAAGAAUCUUAUAAAAAAUUAGGACAACAGAACAAAACUUUUAAUUCAACAUAGGAGCUUGAUCAAAAUAAAUUAAAUUCUGUUUGGAACUUUAUUUUAAAAGUAAUACAAAAUAAUGAUUUGAAAAAUGAUUAUAUAUUUUUGUCUGCUUUUGGAUGUGAAAAUGAAGUUGAUGUUAUUGAUUUAAUACCUUUUAUUGCAUCAAUAAUAAAUACUUUAAAAUUAAUAUCUUAAAUAAAAGGUUUAAAAAUAUAUAAAAAAAAUAAUGAAAAAGAUUAUUAUACACUUUUGCACAAUUUGGUAAGUGAAAAUGGAGCACCUAAUUUACAUAAAUUUUAUAAGAUUAUAAACUUAAAGGAAAACAUUACAUAAUUUAAAGCUUAAUUAUUAUAUCAUGAAUUGAAUAAUAAUAAAUCAUUAUUAAAAGCUUUUAUUGAAUAAUUACCAUCCUAAGUUAAAAUAAACAAUACUAAACAUAAGAUUGAAGCUUUUUUUGCGACUUCUUAUAACAAUCCUUUGAAGUAAAUUAUUUAAAGGUACAUAACUUAAUAUGAGAGUCAGCUAGAUAAUUAUAUUUCUUAUGAUACUAUUUUUUAAAAGAUUGAAAAAUGUUUAAAUGUAGUUAAGCAAGAAUUAAUUUCAUAUAAUAAUAAUGAAAUAUCCAAAAUUCAAUAAGAAUUAGUAGCAAUUAUGAAUAGUUUGAAAAAUAAUUAAUAAUUUCAAACUUCAUAAUAAAAUCUAGAAAAAUUAGAAAAUAUUUUAUAAUAAUUGGCAUCUAUUUAUAAAGAGAUUUUAAAUAUUUUACAUAAAAAGAGUUUCAAUCCAUAAAAAAUAAUUCAAGAAUAAACAAAUUUAUAAUAAAUAUCAAUAAAAUCUGUUAAAAGUUUAAUAGAAUUAAUAGGAAUAGGAUAAGAGGGAUCCAAAAUUAGAAUAGAUAUUGAAGACUUAAAUAUAUUUAAAUAAUUUGAAAGUAUAGCUUAUGGUGGAACUCCACUAUAUAAAUGUUUGGAAUUGACACUUAAUAGUUAAUUCUAAUAAUUUAAUAAUAAAUUUUUAUUUAUAGUAUCAGAUGGAGAUUCAACUGAUGGUAAUCCUAUUGAAAAGGCAAACCAAUUAAAAGCUUAAGGAUUUACAAUAUUUAGUUAUUAUAUUACUACAUCGAUGAAAAUCACAUAAAAUUAAUUAUAUUCUAGAAUAGAAUUGAUUAAGGGUGAUGGAGCUAAAGCAAUGUUUGAAAUGAGUUCAGAAAAAUCUAAUUUUGAAUUUCCAUUGAGAUGUAUAGAGAAAUAUACAAAUAUAAAAUUAUCAGAAGAAGGAAAGAGUAGAUUAUUUUUAUAAGGUAAUGAUCCUUAAUAAUUCUAAUAAUUUUUUGAUUAUUUUGUUAAAAUAUCACAAGAUAAUGAUAAAUUGAUUGAGAUCAUUUGGAAAAUAACAUUAGAAAAAUAUAUAAAUUCUAGUGAAAAAUUUGAAGCUAAAUAAUAAAAUGGAGGAUCAUGUUAUGCAAAUGCAAUAGCAGCUGCUUAUUCAAUAAUAUUAUCAUAAAAAAAUUAAGAUUAUCCUGGGUUCUUUUUUAUUCGAGAAAUUUUAAUUAAUAAAUAUGGGAUAAAUGGAGCAUAUACAUUUUAAGUAGUCCAACAAACUUGUGAUUAUUUUGGAUUAAAAUAUCGUCAAAUAAAAUCUGUGAGUUAAAUAAAAUAAGUUUUACAUUAAGGAAGACCAAUUAUUGCAAGGUUUGAAUUAUGUGAGGAUUAAUGGGAUGCUGAUAAUGAUGAUUAAAUAGGAUUUAAUUAAUUUUNUUUUAAAUAUUUUACAUAAAAAGAGUUUCAAUCCAUAAAAAAUAAUUCAAGAAUAAACAAAUUUAUAAUAAAUAUCAAUAAAAUCUGUUAAAAGUUUAAUAGAAUUAAUAGGAAUAGGAUAAGAGGGAUCCAAAAUUAGAAUAGAUAUUGAAGACUUAAAUAUAUUUAAAUAAUUUGAAAGUAUAGCUUAUGGUGGAACUCCACUAUAUAAAUGUUUGGAAUUGACACUUAAUAGUUAAUUCUAAUAAUUUAAUAAUAAAUUUUUAUUUAUAGUAUCAGAUGGAGAUUCAACUGAUGGUAAUCCUAUUGAAAAGGCAAACCAAUUAAAAGCUUAAGGAUUUACAAUAUUUAGUUAUUAUAUUACUACAUCGAUGAAAAUCACAUAAAAUUAAUUAUAUUCUAGAAUAGAAUUGAUUAAGGGUGAUGGAGCUAAAGCAAUGUUUGAAAUGAGUUCAGAAAAAUCUAAUUUUGAAUUUCCAUUGAGAUGUAUAGAGAAAUAUACAAAUAUAAAAUUAUCAGAAGAAGGAAAGAGUAGAUUAUUUUUAUAAGGUAAUGAUCCUUAAUAAUUCUAAUAAUUUUUUGAUUAUUUUGUUAAAAUAUCACAAGAUAAUGAUAAAUUGAUUGAGAUCAUUUGGAAAAUAACAUUAGAAAAAUAUAUAAAUUCUAGUGAAAAAUUUGAAGCUAAAUAAUAAAAUGGAGGAUCAUGUUAUGCAAAUGCAAUAGCAGCUGCUUAUUCAAUAAUAUUAUCAUAAAAAAAUUAAGAUUAUCCUGGGUUCUUUUUUAUUCGAGAAAUUUUAAUUAAUAAAUAUGGGAUAAAUGGAGCAUAUACAUUUUAAGUAGUCCAACAAACUUGUGAUUAUUUUGGAUUAAAAUAUCGUCAAAUAAAAUCUGUGAGUUAAAUAAAAUAAGUUUUACAUUAAGGAAGACCAAUUAUUGCAAGGUUUGAAUUAUGUGAGGAUUAAUGGGAUGCUGAUAAUGAUGAUUAAAUAGGAUUUAAUUAAUUUUUUAGAAAAAAUCCAACAGGAAUUUUAGAGAAUGUUGGACCAUAAUCAAAUAAAAAAAAGAGUGGACAUGUAGUUAUUUUGAAAGAUUAUACUAAUGAUUAUUAUACAUUUAUAAAUUCAUGGGGUAUUGAUUGGGGAGAUAAAGGUUAUUUUAGAUUAAAAGAUUUGAAUGUUUUAAAUAUGGAGUUUAUAGAAAUAUAUUAUGAUUAUAAUGAUUUAACAGAAGUAGAGAAAUAGAUGUUUAAGAAUAAUGUAGGGAUAGAAAUAACAAAUUUUUAUUAGAAUCAUUUAAGUUGUUUAGGAAAUAUAUAAUAUAGGUGUGUAAAUUGUAAUUCUAAAUCAAAAAUAAAAGAAUAUAAGGGAAAUUAUAAUGAAGCAGAAUGUCCAAAAUGUAAUAAGAGAUUUUAACCGGAAGCUCUUGGUAAAUUAUUUGCUGAUUAUAUAUAUAAGAAGAAUAGAUGA